UCUCAAGUUCUGUUGUUGUCGCGCGGCGCGCCGCUCGCGCUGAUAACGCGACGCCAUGCCGACCUGCACACGCGCCUAACGUCAACUGCUCUUAAUGGAUAUAGAGUGCUACUGACUCCUAUGGAUUUUGUGAUUGAAUGUGAUAAGUGUUUGGAUUAAUAAUAUUAAGAAUUUUAAUAACUUUUUAAAAGUGAUUUGGAGCGAUUACGUUUUCGAGAGUUUUGUACUCUUCUCUACAAAAGCGUACGAAAACCGCCGCCAAACUGUCUACCGCAAAUGAAAUUAUUCUCAACUACCACGUGGAAGCGCUAAUAGGUCGGUGGCGCACGAGCCCGAUGAGCGCGUGCGCUGCGGCCGCCAUGCGCGAAAAGCACGCGGCACCACGCCGCCUGGCAUCCCCGCCAUCAUCACCGCUAGAUCACCACCCCAGCCCACUUGGCUCACCACGAGCCGACGAACCGCUCGACCUCAGAGUCACUCACAAGCGUCCCCAGCGGCUCGAAGAUGAAAACUGCAACCUGAUUACACCGUCACCGCCACCACACCCCACACACCCAGCACAUCCAGCUCAUCCAGCGCACCCAGCGCUCCUGCAAUUCUGCAGAAGGCUACCCUUAGCGUUGCCAGCGUCAUUCGGACGUUAUCCCUUUCUUCCAGCAGCGGCUGCGACACUCCUUACACCUGGAGCCCCUAGACCGCCACCGUUGCCCCAAAAUCCUGGUGUGAAUAGAGCGCGGGAUCGCUACACUUGCUCGUACUGUGGCAAAGCAUUCCCUCGUAGUGCUAACUUAACCCGACACUUACGGACGCAUACUGGUGAACAGCCGUACCGGUGCAAAUACUGUGAAAGAUCGUUUUCAAUAUCCUCAAACCUACAACGGCAUGUGAGAAAUAUCCACAAUAAGGAGAGACCGUUUCGUUGCCGUCACUGUGACAGAUGUUUCGGCCAACAGACGAAUUUGGACAGGCAUCUGAAGAAACAUGAGGCCGAGAACGGGGACGACACUCGCAGGAGAUCCCCAGAAGAGACGUACUUCGAAGAGAUUAGAUCGUUUAUGGGCAGAGUUGCACCCGCGCGGCGAACGACAGCCGCCGCUGCUGCGAGCGCUGCAGAUCACACUUGAUAGUGGUUUGCUAAAUCAAUCAUCGCUACAAAAAUCUGGUCGAUGCUUCCAAAUGACUCAAUAGUGUUGUAAAUUUGCUCUCUGCCUCGGGCUUGAUGACUUGUGAUCGAUUAGUAUUAGCGCCAAGGUAUCUCUUGCCUCAUUUUUCUGUUCUUACUUAAUUUGUGUCAUGUUAAAAUUUUAACAGAUUUUUUAUAUAUUUAGUUGUAAGAUAAUUCCUAACAGCUGUUACCGCAAUUGUUCUGUACCCUUCGGCGCAGAUAAGACACAUAAAAAGUAGUUCGAUUAAGGUAAUAAGUUGCAAGACGUGAUAUCGUAUCUUAUCAUAAACUUUGAUGUACUUAUUGUAAAUAUAGCUAUUGAAUAGUUGUUUAGAUAGUAAUAUAAUAAAUUUUUAUGAGCUUGGUCAUACCUAGCAAGAAAAUCAAAUAUUCUACGUGUUCAGAGUGUUCGCUAUGUUAGAAUAAAUUUAGUAUUGUAUAUGUAAGUAGUUCUUUUGUAUUAUUUUGUAAAUUUUGCUUUGUAUGAUGUUAUAUUAAUAAUUUAGUCUGAGAGAAAACGCCGGUUACCAAUAAACAUUAUAACUUGUUGCUUAUUGAAGAUAUUAUAAAUAUUUUUAUUGUGUGUUAGAAAAUGUAAUUUGGGAAUUUUAUCUUUACGCUGUAUAAAUUUAUUGUCUGUAUUAAAUUGCAGAUGUCAGGGAAGGGCCCGAUAAUUAUUAAGUCAUUUGUAUCGAGUUGUCAAAAAUAUUUAGAUUGUUAUUGUUUUCUUGUCCAACUACGCGUCAUAUCGAAUAAACACACUAAACAAAAAUUGUGAAUAUUUUAAGGGGUUCCUUUCAUUUAAUUUUCACUAUUUAUAUGCCCCUAUAAAGGUGAUAGUCAGUCAUCUUCAUAUAUAUAAAUCCCAUCUGAGUAAGAUUCAGAAACGAUACUUAGAGCGAACUCUUACUCCCGUAUGUCAUAAUUCAUUAAUACAGACAUGCAGAAGUAACACUUGACACUAAGUUCUCCGUUCUGAAUGUCACCGUAAGUUUUGACAAGUGUCAAGACAAUCGAUACAAAUGAUACAAAGCCCAUCGUUGUUAAGUUUCAAAUUAUUAUUCAAAAUCACAUUGUAUAUAAAAUUCUAUAUAAAAACUGUUGUAACGUUUAUUAUCUAAAUUUUACUAAAUUAAGUAAUAUGAAUCUGUGAUUUUAUUUAUUUACUUUUGAAAUUUUUGAUUUAUUCGGAACAGUUUUAGGACGAUGCCUCUCGAAGAACUAAUUUAAACGUUCCUCUAAGUAUAGAUAGAUCUCUAUUAAAUGUUACGAGUAUGAAAUUCUAUAUUGUAUUAAGAAAACUCAUUGUUUCCACUAUCUUUGAAAUUCCUAUAUAAAACAAUAUAAAAAUAAUUCAUUAAAUUCGAAUUUAUGCUUAAUUUUAUGCAGUAUUUAAAAAAGUCUCGAUACAUAUUUUUAAAUAACACAGUUUAUAAUUCUGUCUGUCACAAAACAUAGGAUUGGGAAUGUAAAACAAAAAUUGAAGCGCGGCAUCGCUUGAUUAUGAUUGGUCAAAUGUUAAGACGCGUGUUUAUGAUUGGACUAGGUACCACUGACCACUCAAAAUCAAACGAAACCGUCUUAUCUUCUGUUUUACAACCACAUACAUAAUCUAAGCCUACCGACUAUCAUCCGUAAGUAAAAUAUAAAAACCGCAUUUUCCUUAACAAGACGUUACCCUGUAAUGUAGAAUACGUGUGCCUUACUAUGUUAAUACUCGUACCAAAAUUAUUUUUUUAUGAGAUGCUAUUUAACUUAUGUAGUAUAAGAAAUAGAGAUUACUUCAUUUUGUACUUUUCAUACCUAUUAGUCGUUCAAAGGUCACCAAUUACCUUGUCAAAAUGAAAUAAAUAAUUUUUAAUUUA